AUGAUUUCUGCAAGGAAUGCUUCUGUGAAUCUAUUUCGUUCGCGAUUCUACUCUUCGGCAUCGCCUAAGAGGACUCUCAAGGACCUCGUCAACGAGUUGAGGAAGCUUGCGGAUGUCUCGCCUAUUCAAGCUGGUCAAGCCCUCAAGGCCUCGGACAUGGAUGUCUCCAAGGCACUUCUCUGGUUAGAGAAACAUCGCGCCGAGUCCGCAACGAGGAAGGCCGCAAAAGUUGAAGGGAGGUCAGCGAAUGAGGGCUUGGUUGGCACAGCGGUAUUGUCCAGCGGUGCCAAUGGUGGGCCACGAAGCGGAGUGCGAGCAGCAAUGGUUGAGCUCAAUUGCGAAACGGACUUCGUGGCGCGAAACGAUCUCUUUGCGAAUCUGCUUGAUGACAUUGCUCACACAGUAGCAUUCAUGUCGGAGCCUGUUGAUGCGGAGACUUUCGUCCAGCCUUUCUCCUUAGAUGUUCUCCAGGACGCGCCGCUUCUCUCGCAAUCGAACCCUCAGCAAAACGGAAGCACUACCGUUUCUGAUGCCAUGCGAAACUUAACCGGGCGAGUGGGCGAAAAAAUAUCUCUACGGCGUGCACUCACGAUUGUGCGUGACCCUCUUCCUUCCUCCCAACGCGAGCUCGCCCUACGUGUCACCUCGCGAGUCCACCAAUCCGUCGCAAACCCUAAGCAGGGUCGCAUAGGAAGCCUUGCUCUCUUGGCACUCAAGUCUUCUAAACUCUCGGACACUCUUGCUUCUCAGUCCUUCCGAGAUGACCUCGACAAACUGUGUCAGGCCCUCGGUCGGCAGAUCAUUGGUUUCCCUACGACUAGUAUCAGGUCACCUCCGGGCUCUCGGGACGAAUGCGCACUAUACGAACAGCCAUUCAACAUGUUCAGUGGUCCGGGCAAUGACCAGCCUGUGCAGACAUUUUUACGGAAUUGGGCAAUCGAACGAGGCCUCUCAGAUGUGGCAGAAAACGCUACUGGUGUAGAGGUCGUAGAGUUCGUAAAAUGGACGGUUGGCGAAACUAUCUGA